GAUGUUUGCAGAUCUAGUGUGUGAUCAAGACAAAGAUUUUGAAGGAUUCCACAUAAAGCAGAGGGCAUCUGAAGUGCAAGAACUGAUGGAGACUGUUAAAUUAUCUCUGGAAGACAACCCUCUACGCAAGCUUAAUGCUGCUGACAUAGAAGAGUGGAUACACAUUGACGAUGAUAUUGAAGUUGCUGCCACUUUCACUGAUCAAGAAAUCAUUCAAAGCAUUACAACUCCUGAUAAGAUAGAAGAAAAUUGUUCAGAAGAAUCUGGUGAAGACGACGACAAAGUUGAAGAAAAGAUAUCUUGGGCUGCUGCAGAAAAGGGCAUUGAAACAGUUAUUAAAUUUGUGGAACAGAACCAUAGCUUCAGUCUUCAAGACGUCAUGCAGGCACACAUGGUGCAGAAUAAUCUUAUCACAAAGAAAUUACAAAGUCGUAAACAAGGUGAUAUACGAAAGUAUUUAAAGAAAGCAGUGUCAAGCAGUGCAGUAGAAGCUGCAAGUGUUCCAUCCACAAGCAGUGCAGCAGACGAUAUAGAAGUCGUGGAAAUCAACGAAUAAAAAUUUAUUUGUUGUUUUGUACUUUGUAUUUAUAGGAAAAUGUUUCGUUAAUAAACUACAAAUAAAUAAGCAAUUUGUAUAAAAUAAAUUCUGCUUUCAUUUGUUUACUGUAUUUUUCUUUUACAAUGUUCAUUUUUAAACAUGAUUUCAAAGAUUACACGCCCCUUUUUUCAUA